GUCACCGUUAUUUUCAUCCGUAGUUUGGUUGUUUGUUUGUUUGUUUGUUUUUUUUUCGCCAUACCUUUUCCGUCAAACUUUGGAAAUAAUAGAGACGAGUAUCCAACAAAUCAGGCGGACUUCUAUGGUAGUUUGUGAGAUGUUGUGUGCGCUGUCACUCCCUUUUUUUUCCCUCCUAACUUUUUGUUUCCUCACGUGAGAAAAGUUUGGAUGAAGUUCCAUUUGUCCAACAUCAAGUGAUUCCCUUCUUUUAUUAUUUCUUUUUUUUUUUGGUGUCAAAUUAGACAAUUCAUUGUUAAUAAGAAAGUAAACAAACUCGUUUGCUUUCAAACAUUCUCAUCAACUCCCUCCUUCCCUCCCCUCCCCCCAAAAAAGAAAAGAGAGAGAAGCCUCUGCGUUAAAAGAGCUUCGUAACAUCCCUUCGAUUAAUUUCACUCUACACAAAAGACGAGUGCUUAAUUAUUACGGUAUUGUGUGGGUGCGUGCCGAAGAAGAAGGAGAAUUGCGUGUUAGUGCCUGCGUGCGUGUGUCCCUAUAGGAGUGAUCGCUAGACGACAAGAGCCAAAGAAAACAACAAAAAAUCGAAAAGUCAUCCCAAGAGUGAAAAGAUCUAUUUUUGAAAUAGAAGAUAAAAAAAAAAGAGUUUCUUUAGAUCGUAAUUGAUUAUCCAAACGGAAGAACUUGGGUAGACAGAGGGUCAAGUUCUUCAAUUGGCUCGCUAACGAGUGACGAUGCUGCUGGUAGGUAAUUCAACAACGGUUAGCGAUGGCCGGUUGGUCGAAGACGUGAACCGGUCUAUGAUUGACGCCAAGGACUACGCUGACUUUCUCCAGUAUGUCAAUAGCUUCAACUGGAGUGGCGUCGCUGACGUUGUCGACGCUAUCGAUGAUCCGUUUGCCAACUUUAUCGGCGGACUUGACGGCUCAUCUGCCAUCGCGCUCGACCCGGCCAGUUUCUGGCUCAACUUUAGCGGUCCGUUUUCCACCGUCUCCGAUGCAUCAUCCAUCUUGAAUGCAUCGGCGGUUGAUACGGUCAUUAACAGCAGCACAGCCGACUGGAUUUGGGAGGCUGGCAAACUACGCAUCCCUCUCUACAGCAUCAUUUUCCUGUUGGGCAUUACGGGCAACGUCCUGGUGAUUCUGACGAUUCUGCAGAACACGCGGAUGCGGACCGUGACCAACAUGUUCCUGCUCAAUCUGGCCAUCUCCGACUUGCUGCUGGGCGUUUUCUGCAUGCCUUUCACUCUCAUCGGUCAGCUCCUCAGGGAUUUCAUCUUUGGCGAUGUCUUUUGCAAGUUGAUCUCCUUCUUUCAAGCUGUUUCGGUCAGCGUGUCCGGCUGGACGUUGGUCGCCAUCUCGGUGGAGCGCUUCUACGCCAUUUGUCAUCCGCUGACUUCAAGAAAAUGGCAGACGAGAAGUCACGCCAGAUACAUCAUUUUGGCCGUCUGGCUCGGAUCGCUGGCCAUUAUGUCGCCUGUGGCUGUCCUGUCACAAUUGAAGCCUGUCGGUAACGACGGACGACGGAAAUGUCGUGAAGUUUGGCCCGACGACACUUUGGAGAAAACAUUUACCGUCUUUCUGGACGUCGUUUUGCUCAUCAUCCCGCUCGUCCUAAUGGUCGCCAUGUACGGAAUGAUCGUCAAUCACCUCUGGAAAGUUGAUCAAGGAGGCGGAGGGGAUGAAAGCGAAGCGGCCAUGAGUGUGACUGCUCGUAAUACUUCUGCCAACAGGAAUUCAAUCAGCCAAUCAGAGAGGCUCACGUCCAGCGCGCUCACGGUGAACGUCAAUGGAAACGGAUCGUCCACGUCACGCGCUGGCAUUUAUCGCGGAAACAAAAGAGCCACCGUGUCUGGUAGCACAGCUGGCCUGCCCGCCACGCCGAGUCUUCGACGCUGUAAUCCGGAGCACUGUUUGAAAACCAAGAGACGCGUCCUCAAAAUGCUAAUCGUCGUCGUCCUCGAGUUCUUCAUCUGCUGGACGCCACUCUACGUCGUCAAUACGCUCUCCUUCUUCGCUCCGAGGGCACUCUACGAGGGACUCGGAUACACCGGCAUCUCGCUGAUGCAGCUCCUGGCCCAGGCCAGCUGUUGCUGCAAUCCCAUCACCUAUUGCUUCAUGAGCUCGUCUUUUCGUCGAGCCUUCGUCAAGGCUUUCGGAUGUUCCAAAGUCGAAACCUUUUCGCGAUCCGUAGGGACUGUUUAGCGCUUCCGAUUGAAAAGCGAUGUCGAUCGGCGUUAAUCAACGGAAAUUACCAGGGUGUCUGUGGUAAAUGAUUUUCCGCUUUCGACCUACAAAGAUUUCUUAACGAAUUUUGUUUGUUUUACCGAAGUUUGAACUUCAAAGCAGCUUCCAACUAUAGGGAUGUUGCAUAAAAAAGUACAACGCUUAGAGCUGAGUUUCUAUUUAGAGCAGAUUUUUUCCCUCCCUUAUUUAUUCUUUUUAUUCCUUACCCAAGCAUAGUGAGAUAAUCGAAUCAAAGAUUAAUUACGAUCUAUCACGGUCGUCAUUCUCCUAGGCACAGCUGAUCAUUCUUAAUCGAUUCAAUACAUAAAUGUGUUAUACAUUUUUAAAACAUCCUAUAACCCGAUCAGUUAAUAGCUCAACGAUUCUCUUUUUUUCUCACUCAUUUCCUCUUCGUCCUUCUCUGCUUUGCUCUCCUAUACAUUCUUGCAAAGCAACAUCAAUUCAUUUCAUUGUCUGUAUUCUUUUGCUAAUAAAUACGCAUAUUCAAAACCGCUGAAGUAUAUCAUC